UUCUUUUACAAACUUUUUUAUUUUUGCAUCUUACACAAAAAAUACUGUACUUUUGCAGAGUGGGAGGGUUAUUUUCUUUCUUAGCAACGAAAAAGAAAAGAAAAGAAAAGAAAACUAUCUGCUGAUCUUAUGCUCUAUCAGUGAUCAGAUAGAGCUCGUCCACCACAUCCCGUGAUUCUCUCUUCUGUUAGAUCCUUACAAAGCACCGGAUUUUUCUCCAUUUAUUGUUUUUUUCUUCUGAAACUGGGAAAUGAGCAUUUUUCUACCACUCUUCUUCUAUCCAACUAUUUCCUAUUCGCUAGAUCUCCGCUCAGGUAAGUUUUUAGAUUAGAUCCAUAAAUAGUUCCAACAUUUUCAAUAUAUUCUAUGCCGUAUGCCCUGGGCAGGACAGAUGAAGUCACUGAGGAUUUAGUUUUGAUCUUCUCCGAGGAAUGCAAUAAUUUGGGUCGUUGAAUUAUGGCGGCAAGUCUGAGAUUUUCAGGCCUAAGAGCGAGUCUGAGAGUAGCAGCUUUGGUCGUUUUUGUGUUGUGGAUAUGUGUUGCGGCAUUGUACAGCCUGACAAAGCCGAUAUCCAAUGGGUGCAUCAUGACUUACAUGUAUCCUACUUAUAUCCCUAUUCCCUCGCCGGAGAAUGUAUCAUCCACCAAGUAUGGAUUGUAUCUGUAUCAUGAAGGGUGGAAAAAGAUUGAUUUUGAGGAGCACCUUAAGCAUCUUACCGGGGUUCCUGUUCUUUUUAUCCCAGGCAAUGGCGGAAGCUACAAACAGGUGAGAUCCAUAGCUGCAGAAUCUGACAGGGCUUAUAAUGGAGGGCCUUUUGAGCAGUCAUUUUACCAAGAAGCCUUUAAAACCCCGGGCAGUGGUGUUCAAUUUGAUGCUAGAAGCAUUCCGUUGCCAAGCAAGUAUGCAUGCAUGCUCGACUGGUUUGCUGUGGACCUUGAAGGUGAACACUCGGCACUGGAUGGACGGAUACUUGAAGAGAACACAGAAUAUGUAGUAUAUUCUAUUAACAGGAUUUUGGAUCAUUAUAAAGACUCUCAUGAUGCUCGAGUUAAAGAAGGUGCCAAUGUAUCUAUGAAUUUCCCAAGAAGCGUUAUGUUAGUUGGUCAUUCCAUGGGUGGUUUUGUUGCUAGAGCUGCAACUGUACAUCCACAUUUGAGAAAAUAUGCAGUUGAAACAGUCCUGACACUCUCUACCCCACACCAGUCACCUCCUCUAGCAUUGCAACCAUCCCUUGGGCAGUACUAUGCACAUGUUAAUCAUGAAUGGAGGAAAGGGUAUGAAGUCCAAACUUAUAGAUCUGGGCGUUAUCUAUCUGAUCCAUUGCUGUCUCAUGUGGUUGUCGUCUCUAUUUCUGGCGGUUAUCAUGAUUACCAGGUGCGGGCAAAACUAGAGUCCCUUGAUGGCAUUGUCCCUUCCACCCAUGGGUUUAUGAUUAGUAGUACAUGCAUGAAGAAUGUCUGGUUGUCAAUGGAGCACCAAGUUAUAAUGUGGUGUAAUCAGCUUGUCGUGCAAGUGUCACACACACUUCUUAGUUUAAUAGAUGACAAGACCCAUCAACCCUUCAUGGAUGUACAAAGAAGGCUUGGAAUAUUUACAAAGAUGCUUCAAAGUGCUAUACCUCCAAAUUUUGAUGGGAUACAGCACAUACAGUUACCCUACCAAUUAUCUCAUGUUUCUUCUAGCAAUCGGAAACCUAGUUCUGGACCCGAGGGUAGUAACUUUUCUUGCCCUAGAAGCACCCAUUGGCUUGAUGAUGGACUUGAAAGGGAUCUUUACAUAAAAACAACUACUGUGACCAUUUUAGCAAUGGAUGGAAGGAGGCGUUGGCUGGAUAUCCAGAAAUUGGGAGCAAAUGGAAAAGGUCACUUUGUUUUUGUCACAAAUCUAUCUCCUUGCUCUGGGGUAAGACUACACCUUUGGCCUGCAAAAGGAAUCUUGACUUCAGAUAUUUCUGUUAAUAAACGGAUCGUAGAAGUAACUUCAAAGAUGGUAAAUAUCCCCUCAGGACCCGCUCCAAGGCAGAUAGAACCCGGGAGUCAGACUGAGCAAGCACCUCCUUCUGCCAUUUUAUGGUUGCGUCCAACUGAUAUGGAUGGCUUUCGAUUUCUGACAAUAUCAGUGGCACCUCGCCAGACUGUUUCAGGAAGACCGCCCCCAGCUACUUCCAUGGGUGUUGGACAAUUCUUUAAUCCAGAUGAAGGGGAAAUAGAGUUGACUCCUCAAUCAGUGAUUCCCAUGAUAUACAGUCAAAAGGACAUUCUAUUGAAAGAAGAUCACCCUCUUGCCAUCAAUAUGUGGUUCUCCAUUAGCUUAGGCAUUCUGCCUGUUACAAUGUCUGUUAAAACCACUGGUUGCGGGAUACAAAAGUCAGAAUUCUCAGCUGAUGAGACAGGAGACAUGGAUAUUAGCAGUCUUUGCAAGCUCCGGUGCUUCCCACCUGUAGCUUUGGCAUGGGAUGCCUCAUCUGGGCUUAAUGUUUUCCCUAAUUUGUACUCUGAAACUAUUAUGGUGGAUUCCUCUCCGGGAGUCUGGAGUUCGAAACCAGGUUCAGAGAAGACAAAUGUACUAUUGUUGAUUGACCCACACUGUUCAUAUAGAACUAGUUUUGACGUUCCUAUCACCACUGCUGCUGGAAGGUUUAUACUUUUAUACUUUUCUCAGAUAUUUGGGUUUUCAAUUGCUGUUAUCUUUUUCGCUUUGAUGCGGCAAGCAUAUGCAUGGGAAAUUGAUCUGCCCAUUCCUUCACUUCUUUCUGCUGUCGAGUCAAAUUUGAGAUUGCCAUUGCCAUUUAUCUCUCUUGCCCUAGUGCCCAAUUUUCUGGUUUUGCUACACUCUUACCUAUUCUCUCAGCCGCUUGCUUCAGUCAUAAGCUUCAUUAUCAUCUCAACAAUUUGUUAUUUAUUUGCAAAUGGGUUAAUGUUGGUGCUGAUUGCGAUAUCUCUGUUGGUGUUCUAUGUAGCUGCAACUGCACAUGCUUUUUUCAAGAGACGGUGGCGGACAUUUGAAAACAAUGAGCGUUUAUACUUUCCCCAACGGUUUCUGAGUCUUUCAUGUGCUGUUUUGUCAUCUAAGGUGGUGAGGAUAAUAACAUCCAAUCCUUCAUCUGUUAUUGCUCUGGUUGCCUUUCCACUUGUGUGCCUCGUUCAUCCUGCAUUGGGUCUCUUUUUGUUGCUUUCAUCUCAUGCUGUCAGUUGUCACAAUGCUCUCUCAAGUCAUGUACAAACUGAAGAGUCAAGAGGAGGGUCUGGAGAUGGAGAAAUGAGUAAAUACAAGCAACACAUUCCCAAGUAUAAUGGUCAAAGUAAUAAACUUGUCCCCCUGAAGGAAAAUAUUUCUAGUGGCCUGGAAAAUGUGAAAAGCUAUGCUGAAACACAGUUGGAGAUUUUUCACCACCGACAUGGCCUGCUUAUCUUGCAUUUGCUUGCCACGCUAAUGUUUGUUCCCUCGCUUGUGGCCUGGCUUCAGAGGAUCGGAGUUGGUCAGAGCUUUCCAUGGUUUUUGGAUUCUAUACUGAUUAUUGGUGUUCUGCUACAUGGCAUUUGUGAUCCAAGGCCCGAAUUCAACUUCUUCUUUCCCUUUCCAGGCUUCAAAGGGCAGUGGGAGAUAAAACUAAGCUUAGCAUAUAUUCUUGCUGGAUAUGCAUCGUACCUUUCCGGUCUGGCCUUGAAUCCGUAUAGCACAUUCUAUGCGAUAGCCACCGUGGGGUUUGUUUCAUUUGUUUUCAGGGUUAUACAAAGAGACAAGGGCAGCAACCGAAAGCACUCUCAUCAUAGACAAUAACUAACAGGUUUUGUUAAAUGAUCAAUGUAUGACGAUUCACUAAACUUUCAUAGUUUCAUGCCACAAUUUUGCAAUGGUAAUGAGUGAUUACACAAGGUUUGUACUGAAGAAAGCAAUGCACCAUAUAACUUAGAGUAGUAAGGGCAGGGACAGGCUGGUUCUGGACCAGCUGGUUCCUGGUCCGACACAAUCUAUACCCGUAACCAAGACAAGUAAAUUUGAGUACCAGUCCCAAACCGGUUCCUGUUCCUGCUCCAAACUGAUUUUUAGCCAAUUUCUGAAAAAAUGCAAAAGAGGAUCUGUAAUCGGCCAGUUCAAAGCAUUAUACACAUAUGAACGGGAACCGUACCCAGCUUGGACCCAUUCCGGGUAACGAUUCCGUUCUGGUUCCCAUUCAAAUGGUCCCGGUUUGGGUCAUUUAACUGCCCGAUUCCAGCGGGGUUCCGGAAUCGGGCCCCUCCUAUUGAGUACAUAUAUUCAAUCAAUGAUCACACACAAAUUUUAGGUGUAGGAAAUUAUUGAGGUUUCAAAACCAUGAGUGAUAUUGUUGUUGCUCAUCUUGCCAUGGCAAGCCGCCGCUGAAUGUGUGAAGUACUUGGUCUUUCAGGCCGGUGUCUAUGACCUCACAGAAUCGGCUUGACCAGUCUGGAGGUUCAAUUGCUCUGGUUCCUAAGCCAGGUGCUCGAUCUUUAGAGCCUGUAUUCUGAUCCUGUUUCCAAUCAGACACAUAGGUAGCCACCCUCCUAUGGAACUUCUCCUUAAAGACUUGCCACACCUGGUACUUGUAGUGGUUCACCGCCAUCAAGCUUGUGUCUAUAUUAACAUAUCUGUAUUCUGGGCUCAGCCCGAAGUGGUGGACCACAUUCAUCAAUGUGGGGUCCAAUGCCCGCGGUCGGACUAUACUCUUGUGCCUCUCGGCCUGUGCAAGCCGGCACGUGUAACCCACAGUUACUCCUUGUUCUGGGACCUGUUUGAAUCCUGACGGGCCAAAGCUAUGGCAUGGGACCCGCAACUCAGCAAUAGAACUAGGUUGCUGUGUUAGAACGUGCUGGAUAGAUGUUCGAGCCGGCAAGUAAAAGAAUUCGUCCACAUCUAUGAACCCAACCCACUCGCACAAGUCUCUUGCUCGAAGUGCACAAUGGGCGAACCCAGACUCUUGGCUUUUGAUCCAAGGCCACACGUGUCGUGUGACGUUGUAUGAUGCCUUUAAUGACUGAAGUACGUCCUUGAUGUUGUCGUUGCUGUUGUUAUCGUAGAUGAACCAACGUUGCACCCCUAUCUCAGCAUGAUACAUUAUCCACUCUCGCAGGAACCGUGCUUGGUUCAUUAACAUGGUGCAAACGCACAUGCUGUGCUUUUUCCUCCCAUCCAUCAGGCCAGGGUCUUUUAGUUUGACCUGGGGCCGGGCCACAGAGUCCAAUGGUCCUUUCCCAACCAUCCUAACUGAAACCUUAAUGGUUUUAGUGUCAAACCUCGUUAAGCUGUUAAGUAUGCUUGGAGGUGUUUUACACCGUACAACUUCUUGUGCGAUCGACACGACGUUGGAAUGGAGCAUGCGUUUCGGGUUCUUGAGAUCCCAACCAUAGACACACCUGAAUUUGGAUGGAUCAGAUGUCUUUCCACCCCUUAGAUGGAAGCCCUUCACAAAUACAACUGUUGUGUUGUCCCGGUCAACAACUGCCUCAUAAGCAAGCGAGUCCCAACUAUAUGUGGGUCCUGCCGGUAGAUAGUUACGGUGCGGCUCCAUCUUCACAGCAAGGGACACCGAAGAGCCAUGUGGUGGAACUUCGCACCGUAUAAUCUGGCGGCCGGAGUGCUCAUCAUCAACUGACUUGGGUGGAGCUGGUGAAGUAGUGUAGCCUGCUGGAGAAAAGUAAACGCAGUCAAGCUCUCCCCUGGUAAAUAGCCUCGUUAACUGGGGGUAUUUUAGGAAAAGGAGUGCCUCAUCCGGGGUUAUGACAGUUUCUUGAAUUGAGACCUUUGAAAAAUCAGACGAGUUGCCGGAGACCACUGCCAACGCUGUAGAUGCAUCACCCCAAGUCGUCACCAGUCGUGGACAAUGGUACCCUAAAGAAGAGGCGGCUAGGGGAGAAAGCAAAGCUGGAGAAGAUGAUGAUGACAAAAAUAGAGCAUAAGAAAAGCUUGCAUGGAUUUAGCUGUGUAAAUG